AUGACGGCCACGGACAACAAUAAGGGAAAAGCAAUCAAAACGGAGUUCGCUCCCAAGUUGGAAGGCUGGAAGGGUCCCGUCCUCUGUGUAAGAAGGGCGAAUGACAUACCGAUCAUGCACAACAUGACGAUGUUCCUCCCCCGAUGCGAAGACAAGCCAUAUGAGUUUGCCCUAGGUCUGGUCAAAAAUCAGAAUCUGGACCUGGCGCGUGGUAAGCAGCAAUGUAAAGAAAAGGGAUUUAGCACGGUGGUUCUGAGACCAUAUAAGCCCACAACGGCCACCGGGAGCAAGGAAGCGGAUAAGACUCACGUGGAUGAGGUUGCUACUCAACCCAGCGAUAGUAACGCUAAACAGGCUUUGACUUAUGCGACUUUGAAAGUCCUCGAUGAGGCACAAUCAGCUUUAAUGUUCGAUUCGGUGUACUCCGUGGCCGCUGGUCUUAUGGAACUAGAUAGAAAGGAUUUAUUGAGUUGGCAUAAUAUUUCCUGUAAAAACGAAUUACCAUGGAGAGAUGGACUGUCGCUAUAUAACUAUAUUAAUUCGGCUUCUAUGAAUGGAUUGACAGGCCGUGUACACUUCACUGAGGGACGUCGAAAUUUAUUUCAAAUCGAUUUGCUUAAACUAAAGCGAGAAAAAAUUCAAAAAGUUGGUUUUUGGAAGCCUGAACUCGGUGUUAACAUUACCGAUUCGACCGCUUUCUAUGACACUUAUUCAAGUAAUACAACCUUAAUUGUUAUGACACGGCAAGAAAAACCUUACGUUAUGGUGAAAAGUGGCAUAAGUCAAACAGGAAAUGAUCGCUUUGAAGGGUUUUGUAUUGAUCUACUAAAAGCCAUUGCCACUCAAGUGGGAUUUCAAUAUAAGAUUGAAUUAGUACCUGACAAUAUGUAUGGAGUAUUCAACCCUGACACAAAAGUUUGGAACGGAAUAGUGCGCGAGUUAAUGGAAAAG